GCGCUGUGUUUAACACCUAAGUAUCAGAAUACAAAAACAACCAGAGUAUUCGAAAAAUCGCCGGGAAAAAAUAUCACGAAAUGAUAUUUAAAAUUUUUGUAUAAAAAUAAAAGAACGGUAUAAAAUUUAUUGUGCUUCACCAGACAGCCAAUAAACAAGCAGAAAUAAAAUUUCGAAAAACCAACAACUGUAGCAAAAGCAACAAUCAAAAGUUUAUACGAAAAGCGUGCGUGCGUUCGUUGCCGUGUAAUAAAAAUGUGUACAAAAUUCCAAAAGUGCAAAUUUAUUUAAAUAACUCCGCAGUGCUCAACGUUCAAAGUUAACAAACAAAUCAAAUAAAAAAGAAAACCAAAACAAAAACUGAAAUAGAAGUUUCCUAGACUGGAACAAAAUACGCGAACCUAAUUGAGUUUGGUGCGCAGAAGAGUAGGAAAAAAUAUAUUGCAACCUGUAGCUCGGGCUUUGGCUUUGAUUUUGAUUUUGAAUACGGCUUUUGUGCAAACAAGCCGGAAGCCAAUCCCAAAUGCAAUUGUUUUGAACCGCAGCUGAGCAGAGCUUUUACCUGUUAGACAACAAAUCAAGCGGCAGCAGCAGCAGCGGCACAAAAGCAACAAUAUGUGGUGCAUUGUCAACUUGCCCAACGGCACCCAACAAGCCGUCAAGUGGGAUCCCAAAGCCAAUGGUCAGGAGUGUCUGGAGAAGGUCUGUCGUGCCCUGAACAUCAUCUGCGAAAUGGAGUACUUCGGCCUGGAGCACUGGACGCCCAACCAGAAGGAGUCGCAGACGCGCCAGUGGAUCAACCUGCGCAACCGGCUGUCCGGCGACAGUGGAAGCAGUGGCAGUGGCAUUCAGCUAAUGCUGGCCCUGCGGGUCAAGUUCUGGGUGCCGGUGCACUUCAUCCUCCAGGAGAGUGUGAGGAAUCUGUUCUACAUGCAGGCCAGGCGGGAUCUGCUCGAGGGUCGCCUCACUGCACCCGACUGGAGUGGAGCGGCCAAGCUGGCGGCACUGCUCUGCCAGGCAGAUGGAUUACGCUUCAAUGAAUCCUCCCUUAGGGCCGACUGUCCCAUGAGGAUGAGGCGGGAGUUGGCCCAGCAGCAGCAGCAACAGCAGCAGGCGCAGCAACAGCGGCUGGAGCAACAGCGCAAGGAGAAGGAGCAUGUGCUGAGCUUCAAAAAGCGACGCCUGUCCAAGCAAAAGUCCAUGGAGCACAUCGAGAUCUGCACCCUGCCCACAACUAAUGCCACGAGUUGCAGUCUCCAGCCCUCGCCAUCCGCCUCCGCCUCAGCCUCAGCCUCAGCAUCCGCCUCCACAUCCGCCUGCUCGCAAACCCACUCGAACAGCAGCUCCAGCAGUCCCAGCAAUAGUAGCAGUCAAACGGGUCUGGACGAGCGAUUGGCCAGCAAUCCGCUGCGCAUGUACGAGGAGUACCUGAUCCAGCCCAGCUCCGAGGGUGAACCGCCGGCGGAUUACCUGAGGCAAAUAGCCAUGGAGCAUGGCAAGCUGGCCAAGCUGCAGAUGAGCCUCAAGUCGGCCAAGUACUGGUUGCUCCAGUCCAUCCAGGAUCUGGAGGGUUAUGGCGAGGAGCUGUUCAGCGGAGUGACCACCAAUGAAAGUGCCACGCGAUGCGACAUUGCGGUGGGCGCCCAUGGCAUCACCGUCUGCCGGGGGGGUGAUAAACAAAGCAUCCCCUUUGGCGCCAUUGCUGCGGCCAAGUCGCUGCGUCGCACUUUCAAACUGGAGUACGUGGAUGAUCACAACGAUCGCAAGGAGCUGGAGAUCAAGUUGCCCAAGCAGCCGAUCGCAGCGGGACUAUACCGCUCCAUAACCGAGCGCCAUGCGUUCUAUGUGUGCGACAAAGUGCGCGGUGUGGUGACCAACCAGUUCACCCGGGAUCUCAAGGGCACCAUUGCCUCCAUGUUCAUGGAGAACACGGAGCUGGGCAAGCGUUAUGUGUUCGACAUCCAGCACACAUGUCGCGAGGUUCACGACCAGGCGAGGAGGACUCUCCAUGAGCGGGGCGGCGAUCUGAUUGCCGAGGGUGCGGAAGGAUGCUCUGCUGCCGCUGGAGGAUUGGGCGCCACUGCCGGAGGCGAUCCCAUGGACGCCGUUGCGGGGGUCAGCGGGCUGGCGACUGGUGCCGGCGGCUCCAUGGCCGGCAAGAUAGAUUUGGCCAUUCGCGAGAAGGAGGCGCGUGAGGCGGCGAUUGAGCGUUGCGUGGAUACGCGCAUCUCGGAGGCCAUGCAGUGCAAGAUCUGCAUGGACCGCGCCAUCAACACGGUGUUCAAUCCUUGCUGUCACGUCAUCGCCUGUGCCCAGUGCGCUGCGAGAUGCAGCAACUGCCCCAACUGUCGGGUGAAGAUAACCAGCGUGGUCAAAAUCUAUCUGCCGCCGGAGCUGCGCACCAGCCAAACCGGCAGCGGCGCCACAACCACCAGCAGCAGCAACAUCGGCGACGGUUGCUCCGUGGAGGAGCAGCUGCAUCAGCUGGAGGAGAUCUCAGUGGCACCCGCAUCCUUGGAGGCGGCGGCGGCAGGAGCAGGAGCAACCGGACCUGGGGGACAGCCAAAGGUCACGACGGCCGCCUAGAAUUGGUUGUGCUCGCUGCUGUUCCGGCUGAUGGAAUGGGUGUGCGUGCCGAUUGUCUGAGAACCAAAAUGAUCCACUGUUAUUCUAUGACCACAACCUAAAUGGGGAACAAAUCAACUAGAGAAACGAAAAAAACUCGUCUAAGACUUCACUGCAUAGCCUAUGCCUAGAAUCUAUAACUGCAGAUUGUUUCAUAUUCAUAUACAACACUAUACACAUAGAUAUAUUUACGAUCGUUAUAGAUCAGCGAUACCUUAUACGAUAUAGCCCUUGAAUGUACAACAUAGUUACUUACUAAAUGUUAGCAAUUUUACCAACUAAAUUCGAGAUGUAUUUAUUAACGCCUAAACUCUUUAGUAUUCCACCCCUACCCGAAGAAACCCCCAAAUUCUCAUAUAUAUACCCUAUGGAUACAUAUACUAAAUGAACAUAUAUAUAUAUUAGCGUGUGUAUAUAGGACAAGCGUACAAUAAUCGCAAACCCAAGGAGCAAAGUAGUACUAAGUACCUGCAAAACAAACAGAAACGGAAACAGAACACGAAACACGAAAAGUAUCUCUGCAGUGGAUAUUACAUAGUCAAUAAUAAAUGUUAACAAUGUUAUACUAUAUAUAUACAUAUACAUGUAAAAGAAAAACCAAUGAAAAUACCUUAAAUGUA